AAGGACCCGAGGAGGACUUCCAAGUUGAACCGAGUCGAAAGGAGGGAGACCGAGAGCGAACAAGAGUCGACAGGUGGAGAGAAGAGGCAAAGAAACCCAUCCCCAUCCGUUAGAUCGACGAGAAGAAGCAAAGGCCUCGAUGGAGGUGGCAUCUCUGUACCGGCGGGUGCUGCCGUCGCCGCCGGCCGUGGAAUUCGCCUCGACGGAGGGGAAGCGCCUCUUCGCGGAGGCGCUGCAGGGCGGGACCAUGGAAGGGUUCUUCAACCUCAUCUCCUACUUCCAGACGCAGUCGGAGCCCGCCUUCUGCGGCCUCGCCUCCCUCUCUGUCGUCCUCAACGCGCUCGCCAUCGACCCCGGGAGGCCCUGGAAGGGCCCCUGGAGGUGGUUCGACGAGUCCAUGCUCGACUGCUGCGAGCCCCUCAACAAGGUCAAGUCCCAGGGCAUCACCUUCGGCAAGGUCGUCUGCCUCGCGCACUGCGCCGGCGCCAGGGUCCAGUCCUUCCGCGCCGACCAGACCACCAUCCAGGACUUCCGCUGCCAUCUCACCCGAUGCGCUUCCUCGCAGGACUGCCAUUUGAUCUCCUCCUACCACAGGAGCCUUUUCAAGCAGACUGGAACGGGCCAUUUCUCACCGAUCGGUGGUUAUCAUGCCGGGCAAGACAUGGCCCUCAUCUUGGAUGUGGCACGCUUCAAAUACCCUCCUCAUUGGGUUCCUUUGACACUUCUUUGGGAAGCCAUGAAUACGACUGAUGAAGCAACUGGACGUCUCAGGGGGUUCAUGCUCGUCUCAAGGCACAAUUCAUCUCCUUCAUUGCUCUACACAGUGAGUUGUGGGGAUGAAAGUUGGCAAAACAUGGCAAAGUAUUGUGUGGAGGAUCUACCCAAUCUUUUGAAAGAUGAGAGUCUAGACAAUAUUCCAACACUUCUAUCGCAUUUGGUGGAAUCCCUUCCAGCCAAUGCUGGAGGUUUGAUCAAAUGGGUUAUUGAAGUUAGGAGAAAAGAGGAAGGUGGAUCAAGCUUGAGCAAAGAGGAGAACGAAAGGCUUAUUUUAAAGGAAAAGGUAUUACAGCAAGUUCGUGAUACUAAGCUUUUUAGGAUUGUUCAUGAACUGCAAUGUCCCAAACGGUCAUGUUGUAGUUGCUCAGCUUUAAGUGAUGAAGAUUCCCUUGCCCAGAUUGCAGCCACUGUGUGCUGUCAUGGAGCUGCAAUCCUAACUGGUAACACUGGAUCAAGAGAUGGGUUCUGCUGCAGAGAAACAUGUAUCAAAUGUGUGCAAGCAAAUGGUGAUGGGCUAAAGACUGUUAUCUCAGGCACCGUGAUAUCCGAGGGCAAUGAACAGGGUGUUGAUAUGCUUUUGCCAACAUCCUCAUCAGAAACAAGCUUGUCCGAUUCAAACUUGAGGAACGAGGUUGUCAAAUAUCCAUCAAAGUCAGAUGUCCUAACUGUCCUUCUGCUGGUUUUACAUCCGAGCACAUGGUUUGGUAUAAAAGAUGAGAGACUGAAAGCUGAAUUUCAGAGUCUUGUUUCAACAGAGAACCUUCCUGACCUUCUUAAGUGGGAGAUACUGCAUCUAAGGCGGCAGAUCCAUUAUUUGACGGGUUGUAAAGGAGAGGAGGCAUGUGAAGGGCUUAGACCACCAUCGCCUUAGCAAUGAUGCUAAGGUGACAAUUCACUCACUUGAUCAUGAGAGAAGGCCCCCUGGAGACCGCACGAGCUUACUUUUGGACUUGGUUACCCCAUUUUCCAUCACUUGCAUGCCACAAACAGCACAACAUAUAUGAUUCAAUAAAGGAACUUCGUUCCUGAGGUUAGGGAUCAAAUUAUAAUCAGAGUAGCAGACUACUAGAGCCAGAUUGAAGCCAGUUACUGCCUGGUUAUAGGUCUAUUUCCGAUAACUAUAUAUGUAUAUAAUUUUUUGCUUUCCAGUUUUGUCCUUCGAGUAUACAUUUGUUUGGUUUUUGUAACAGUUAGCUCCAAGAUCUUACUGGAAAGUUAGUAUGCACCUAUGUUGGGGCGAUGCGAAA